AUAACCUUGCCCCCGCUCACAAGAUGGAAAGCAUUGACAUAUCUCCGCAAUUCAAAUCAACGUCCCUUUCCGUCACCUCGCCGGCCGCAACACACAUCGCCUGCAUCUCGAGCGCACGACUACAGAUACGAUGCCUGUCGACUUUCGAGAUUAUACGGAGUAUAGCAUUACCGUCGAGCCAUGAUCUCAGGAACUCGAGGAUCGCUUGGUCACCGCCUACCGUAAUCUCCUCUUCAUCCAGACCGUCCUCUGUCUCUACACCACCGCGCCGCUCAUCGCGCACAUCACCUGCCCGUUCAAAUCGCAUACUCGUCUUCGACCAGGACAUGACGCGCGUGUAUGACUUGCGCGACGAGAAAUGGAAUGCAGUAAUCAGCAAUGGCUCAGGCGGCAUGGGGAAGAACGUGCAUGUGGAAUUUGGCGCGAGUGAAGACGAAGUCAUCGUCUGGAGCGACUUCAGCGCAUGUGUAAAGAUAUGGUGUCUUAAUACCGGUCGCGCAGUCGAGAUAAGAGACCCCAAGUUCCCCGGGCGCGAUGGAAGGGGAUGGGCUUACCGCCCAUGGCUCUCGACAAAAAGCAGUACGAGAGGACGAGUCCUUGCUCUGCUUUGCCGCCCAUCGGGGGCCGAUGUCCUCCUGCUCCUCUCCUCACCCUCAUACAGCCUCCUCUCUCGCACGGAACUCCCCACAACCGACGCUUCUGGGCUGAAGUGGAGUCGUGAUGGCCGCUGGCUCGCCAUCUGGGAUGCUGCUUCCACAGGCUAUAGGCUCUGCAUAUACACCGCCGACGGGCACUUGUACCGAACCGUGACCCGCGAACCUACGGACGAAGCGAGUGAGUGGAGUGUAGAGGGAUUAGGGAUUAAGAGUGUGGAGUGGGUUCCGGGUAACCAGUGGCUGGCGGUAGCGGGAUGGGACAGGAGGGUUAGGAUAUUGAGUACAAGGACGUUUGCCCCUGUUGUAUUCCUCGACCACACUGCGGUCAUACAUGUGCCCAGCGCGCCCGUCUAUACCGAGCUCGUUGACGAUCGAGGCAAUCGAAGCUACGCGGCCACCCCGCAGCCUGCUACACCACCCAAAGCGCCGGUUGACAAGAACGAAACGGGGCUGAUGAAGCAGGGUAUCAGUAUCUUGGCUUUCAACGCAGAUGGUACGCUGUGCGCGACAAGGGAUGAUUCAACGCCGAGCACGGUUUGGAUAUGGGAUUUGAAGAGUUUGAAGCCGAGCUGCAUUCUGAUUCAAUACGCGCCGGUUAAGCACCUGCACUGGAACCCGAAUGACCCUUCUACGCUAUUAAUACAGACAACGCAUGACUCGCCGACGGUAUACCUGUAUACUACAUCCAGUCUCGCAGGAUCUGCAGAGUCUCCGGGAACAAUAGGGAUGCAACAAGCGCCUGAGAUUCUUGGUUUAAGGUCGCACAUCCACAAACCAGCCGGCUCUAUACCCGCGAAAUGGACCGCAUCAUGGCUCUCUACCUCUCCGGACAAGAAGCCUGCGUUCUCACUUGGACAUCAACAGGGUUGCGUUCUCGUUUGGCCAUAUGGCAAAGACCAGAUUCUUCGCUUUGAAAACGAACAAGAAGAAGAUAAUGAUGGUGAUUCUGACGACAGUUUGUACGAAAUCUUGACGGGCAGGACACCAAUACCGCAAUUUAGGAAUACUGGGAGUGAGGGCAUAGAAGCCAGUGGGGGCAUGGAGGCUGGCGGAGGUCUAGACGAUACGUUUCGGGAAAGGAGAGAAUAUACCAACGGAACAGAGAGAGGACAGAGCAUAUUUGAUGAGAGCGGCUUAGACGAGAUGUUCUGA